AUGUUCAAAUUCAUCGCUGUUUGCUUCUUUGCCAUUUUGGCUUUGGCUGCCGCUAAACCCGGUGUAGUUGCUCCAUUGGCUUAUACCGCCCCAGUGGCCUACUCCGCUCCUUUGGCCUACUCUGCUUCCUUGGCUUACCAUGCUGCCCCCGCCGUUGUUGGUAGCGCUGCUUAUGUUGCUCCCUAUGCCUCCAGCUAUAAUGCCCACACCAUUGCCCACUCUGCUGCCUUCCCUGCCACUUAUGCCGUAGCUCCCGCCGCUGUUGCUGCUCCAGUAGCCACUCCCUUUGCCGCUCCUCUUUUGUUGAAGAAGUAA